AUGACUAUCAGGAUUGAAGGAAUAGAUGACACUGGGGAAGUAUCUUUCCAUGAAGAAGAACUGAGAUGCCCAAUCCAUCUGCCAGCUCUAGAUGCUCCAAUUAACAAUGUGUGCACAGCUGUUCUGCGCCCAGACAGGCUGCCUUGUGCCACACCUCCGGUCUCUCAGGAAGCAUGUGAAGGGAAAGGCUGCUGCUACAGCCUUGGUGACCCAGUUGCUCCAUGUUACUAUGGCAACACAGUGACAGCACAGUGUACAACUGAUGGCCAGUUCUCCAUAGCAGUCUCUAGAGAUGUGACUUUGCCACCACUGAUCCUGGACUCUAUACAUCUGGUCAGUGGGCAUGGCAGCAGCUGUAUCCCUGUGGCCAAGAGUAAUACUUUUGUCCUGUAUAGAUUCCCACUCUCUGCUUGUGGGACCACUUUCCAGGGAGCUGGAGACCAAGGUGUGUAUGAGAAUCAGCUUGUGGCAGACAGGGAUGUGAGAAGCUGGAGCACUGGGUCAGUCACCCGGGACAGCACAUUCAGGCUCCAUGUCAGCUGCAGCUACUCCACUGGGGACUUCCUCCCACUCAAUGUGCAAGUCUUCACCUUGCCACCACCUCCUCCAGCCACUCAGUAUGGCCCCCUCACUCUGGAGCUGAGGAUUGCCACAGACCAACAGUAUAGUAGAUACUAUGUCAACAGUGACUAUCCUGUGGUGAAACUUCUGCGGGAUCCAGUCUACAUGGAGGUCCGAAUCCUGCAAAGAACAGACCCAAACCUAGUUUUGGUUCUGCACCAAUGCUGGGCCACCCCAAGCACUAAUCCCAUGCAGCAGCCACAGUGGCCCAUUCUGGUGGAUGGGUGUCCAUACACAGGUGACAACUACCAAACCGAGCUUAUCCCUGUGGGAGCUGCUUCAGGGCUGCAAUUUCCAUCACACUACCAGCACUUCAUCAUCAGCACUUUUACCUUUGUGGAUUUUGCCUCCCAGAAGGCACUUAGUGGACCGGUCUACUUUCACUGUAGUGCUUCAGCCUGUGUUCCAUCUGCAAUGGAAUCCUGCAUCGCUCACUGCCCCAAGACACGAGCAAGAAGAACGCCUGAGAAGCAGGCCUCAGAAAAUGCUCCAAGGAACUUGGUGACCACAGAAGGACCUGUGGACUUCCAGAACACUGAAGCAGAUCAGACCCUUGGACAGAAAGGUAGUAAAUAG